AUGACGGUAGCAUCUCAGCUCUUCGGCUUCCCUAGCCUCACACUUGCUGCGGCCAUCGAGUUUCUGGUGGCCAUCAGGCUAUUUCCAGACUUGGUCAGCUCGCAUGGUCGGCUCACAUUGGCGGCCGGCGCCAUCUUAGUCAACUAUGCCUUCGGACUCGUCUUUUGGGCAUUUCUGUACCCCAACUUCUUCAGCCCUCUACGCCGGAUCCGUGGUCCCAGAGCUAUAGUGAGCGCCGCGUAUCGGGCCCUGAUCGUGAAAGAGGGGCCUUCUGGUAACCUGUUUCUUGACCUCGUCAGACGGUACCCGGACGAGGACUUGAUCGCCCUCGACUGCUUCGGCCGUCAGAUCCUGGUUGCCAAACCUCACCUGUUGGCCGACCUACUCGUCCACAGGUGCUACGACUUCGCCAAGCCCAGGAGGAUCAGCGCCUUUCUACGGCGCGUUCUCGGGGAUGGCCUAAUCACCGUCGAGGAGGACCAGCACAAGUUCAUCCGCAAGAACACCAUGCCUGCGUUCCGCGCCCGCCACAUCACCGACCUGUACCCCAUGAUGUGGUCCAAGGCCGGUAUCCUAGUCAGGACACUGGACCGCCAGAUCGCCAGCGCGUCGAGCGCCGAGUCCAAGGGCUCCGGCUCCGCCGUGCUGGAGCUGACCAGCUGGGCGCACAAGGUCACCCUCGACAUCAUCGGCGUUGCCGGCAUGGGCCGCGCCCUCAACGUGGUCGAGAAGCCGGGCGACCCGCUCCAGGAGCUCUACGAGGAGCUCCUCGAGCCCGACCGGGAGAAGAUCAUCUUCGCCGCCCUCUCCCUGGCCUUCGGCUUCCCGGUCAUCCGCAUGUUCCCCUGGAGGAUGAACAAUCUCUUCAUCUACCUGACCUCCUCCCUGGAAAACAUCUGCAGGGACCUGAUCAAGGAGAAGCGAAAGGCCAUCGUCGAGAACAAGGACGACCACUUUGACAUUCUGUCUCUCCUGAUCAAGACGGGCAACUUUGACGACGAGGUCCUCAAGGACCAGCUCCUCACAUUCCUGGCUGCCGGGCACGAGACCACGGCGUCCGCCCUCACCUGGUCGUCAUACUUGCUGGCCAAGCACCAAGAGUACCAGAAGAAGCUGCGGGACGAGGUGACGGAGGCGCUGGGGGAGAAGCCGCUGGCGGGCGAGCCGCCGGACGACCUGGCGGGCGUGCUGAAGCAGCUGCCGUACCUGAACGGCAUCAUGCACGAGACGCUCCGGCUGUACCCCACCGUGCCGCUGACCAUGCGCGAGGCCCUCCGCGACACCCGGCUCGGCGAUCAGGCGAUCCCCAAGGGCACCGAGGUGGUCGUCUCCAUCUGGCAGGUCAACCGGUCGGCCGAGAUCUGGGGCCCCGACGCGGACCGGUUCCGGCCGGAGCGCUGGAUCAACGCGGACGACGGCAAGGCGAACCGCCACGGCGGCGCCAGGAGCAACUACGACUUCCUCACCUUCCUCCAGGGCCCCCGCAGCUGCAUCGGCCAGGAGUUCGCAAAGGCCGAGAUGCGCUGCCUGCUCGCCGCCCUCGUCACCUCCUUCUCCUGGGACCUGGCCAUGGACGAGUCCAAGAUCGUGCCCCGCGGCGUCAUCACCAUCAAGCCCGAGCACGGCAUGUACUUAAGGAUGAGGCCCCUGCACCACAGCGCAGCAUGA